GAAACGGUGCAUUUUGGUCUUUUCGUGUUAAGGUGGGUUUUUCGAGAAUUUUUGUUCUUCUUCAUCACAGUUUUGCGAAAGAAGCACAGAAUCCGAAGGCAGAGAUGGCGUGCUUACAUGACCACAGUUGUGAAGAUCACGACUGCUCUGCUGAUUGGUCUCUCUACAAACACAUAGACCUCUCCAAGGUGUCUGCAUUAAAUGAAGCUGUUCCAGGAAGUGUAAAGUCUGUUUUUAAAGCCUGGGAGCAUCGGCUUAAUUCAUCUGGGGAACACUUGGAAAGCAAUGAGGGUGAUCCUGAAUUGCUUGUAUUCAUCCCAUUUACAUCAGACGUCAAGAUAAAGUGUAUUUCAAUUGUUGGCGGUGCCAAUGGAACAAGUCCUUCAAAGAUGAGGGCAUUUAUCAAUCGAGAUGGCAUUGACUUCUCUGAUGCACAAAGUAUGCAAGCCGUUCAGGAAUGGGAUUUGGCUGAAAAUUUGAAUGGAGUGUUAGAGUACCAGACAAGAUAUUCCAAAUUUCAAAGUGUGGGGAACAUAACGCUGCAUAUUCCGGAGAAUUUUGGUGGUGACACAACUCAAAUAGAGUACAUUGGGUUUAAAGGUGAAGCCACCCAGCUAAAGAGAGAUGUUGUGGCAACAAUUGUUUAUGAGCUGAUGCCCAACCCUUCAGACCACAAGACACGGGCUGAAAGUGGUGGUGGUAUUUCGCAUGUGGAAUGAAGAAAUUCUUGAUAAUUCUCAACAGAAAUGGAUGUCUGCUAGUAAACGAGGAUAACCGAUGAUAAAACACUGGUUAAAAAAAAUAAAAAGUGUACAGUUCAACUGUGCCUUGAGGUAUUUUAGCACGUUCAGGCUUGUGAUCUUGAAGUUAUCUGCUUAAUUAAUAAUUACAAUCUUGCAAUCUUGGGACUUCCAGCUUAUUGGGGUAUGACUAAUUCCUUCCUUUUUCCCUUGAUUUCUUGGAA